AUGGCUAAGAGCGCCCGAGCAAGCACCAGAAAGGCCAACAACAGGCGCCUUGUCCAAAAUGUUUUUGGACCUGCUGAGGCUGCUCGAAAUGAGCGCCUUUCUGCCAAACUCCUUGAGCUGGCCAAGCAGCCCAAGCCUGAGUCUUCAGAUGUGAACAUGAACACUCAAGAUGAGGAGGUCGACGACGACUCCAACGAGAACGCUCAGGAAGACGAGACAUCAAUGGAUGUGGACUCGGCGAAGAAGCCUUCAAGUGGACGAAUUGAAAAGAAGCGACCUGAUAAGCGCAAGCAAAAAUCUUCCAAGAUUGUCUUCAAGUCUUACGGCAGUCGAUCAAAGGCAAAGGGCAAGAAGAAGAGCGCUUAA